AGGGGGAAACUCGACACAUCAAAUCUAGAACAACCAUUUGCAUUCAUUUGGUUACAUUUCCCUCUCGAUUCGUUCAUUUCCGGUGUGCUCCGGAAGGCGCCGCAGCUGCUACUUCCGCCUUCAGUCGCCUCUCCAGAGACUCCAAAAUGACGGCAACUUUGCGUCCUUAUCUGAACGCUGUGCGUGCCACGCUGCAGGCUGCGCUCUGCCUGGAGAAUUUCUCCUCCCAGGUGGUAGAAAGACACAACAAGCCAGAGGUUGAAGUCAGGAGCAGCAAAGAGUUGCUCCUUCAGCCUGUAGUCAUCAGCCGCAAUGACAAGGAGAAGGUUUUAAUCGAAGGAUCCAUCAACUCCGUACGGGUCAGCAUCGCUGUCAAGCAGGCCGAUGAGAUCGAGAAGAUUCUGUGCCAUAAGUUUAUGCGUUUUAUGAUGAUGAGAGCGGAGAACUUCUUCAUCCUGAGGAGGAAACCAGUGGAGGGUUACGACAUCAGUUUUCUUAUCACCAACUUCCACACAGAGCAGAUGUACAAGCAUAAACUGGUGGAUUUCGUCAUUCAUUUCAUGGAAGAAAUUGACAAAGAGAUCAGUGAAAUGAAGCUGUCU